GCUGGGGAGGCGCCGCCCUCGGGGUCUCCACCCCUCCUGCGGGCGGGGGAGGAGAAGGGACGGACCGCACGCUUUCCUGUUUCCGCAGCAGGCUGGAUGGGGGCGGGAGGCGCAGAACCCCGAAUCUAGCCCCCACCCCGCGGCUUGCGGUCCAGGUAUCCGAGACCCCUCCCCACCAUCAGCUCCGCUCACUCCCGUCUCUGUGACGUCAUGCUCCUCGCGGGGCAUGAUGGGAGAAUCCUAAUGUUUUCCAACAGAUGCUCCAAGAACAGCUUUCAGAUUAAAGCAAUUGCACGAGCAAAGAUUCUCCUUUUUCCCUUUUUUCGGGGGGGUGGGGGGUGGGAUGGGGGAAGGGAGCACCCCCAGACAUUUCCUAGACAUCACCCCCUGCCCCAAGCAUGCAAUAAACACUGACAAGAAAGUUUUUAUUUCCUGGUUCAACUUUUUUUUUCCUGGAAUAUGAACUGAGGAAUGGGAAAAAACACGAAUAAAUAACAAAGCGAGGCCGCGCCGGGAUGCGCCUGGCUGCAGCCUGCGAGGCUAUUGUCUGUUCGCCUUGAAGCUGGCCCUGGCCUCCUCCUCCUCCGGUUCUUUCCCUUCCCCGGUCCCUUUUUCUUCUCCUUUUUUAAAAAAAGACCCCCGCAGCCCCUCAUCGUGACCUUGGCCGCCGCGGAUGCGCUGAUCGCGCGGCCCCUCCGCCCGCCGCGCCGGGCCCAUGGCCGCGUCGGAGGACGGCAGCGGCUGCCUCGUGUCGCGGGGCCGCUCCCAGAGUGACCCCACCGUCCUCACUGAGUCCUCGGCCGCCUCCUCCGCGGACGCCGGCGAGAACCCAGAUGAGAUGGACCGAACCCCCGCAGUGCGCUCCGAGUAUCUGGUCUCAGGGAUCCGAACUCCCCCCGUGAGGAGGAACAGCAAGCUGGCCACGCUGGGCAGGAUCUUCAAGCCCUGGAAAUGGAGGAAAAAGAAAACCGAGAAGCUGAAGCAGACAACGUCAGCGCUGGAGAAGAAGAUGGCCAGCAGGCAGGGCCGGGAGGAGCUCAUCAAGCAGGGGCUGCUGGAGAUGAUGGAGCAGGAUGCCGAGAGCAAAGUGUGCAGCCCUGACGGGGGCCCGAGGUCCACACAGAGUGAACCGGCCACCCCCAAGCAAGAGGCCCUGACUUCUGACGAUGUCCAGCCGGGAAGCCCUUCAGCCGCUGGGACAAUCCAGGCUUCCCCGGAUGAGGCACCAUCCUCGGAUAUCCAUUCGGAUGAUGCAGCCAAGUUGCCUUCUGCAUCCAGCGGGGAGGAAGCAGACGCCGGCGGCCUCCUGCCCACCCCUGACGAGCUCUCUCAAGCCUUAGCCGGGUCUGACUCCCUGGACAGCCCUCCCAGACCCUUGGAGAGAUGCGCGGGCCAGCUCCCCAGCCCCCCGCUGCUGCCCACACCGCCGCCCAAGGCCAGCUGCAAAGCUGCGAAAACCAUCCCAGGCCAAGCUGUGCUCUUCCAAGGUCCUGGGGUGAAGAGCUCUGACCCGCCCCUCCGAGGACAGCUGUCCACGCCCACAGGGUCCCCGCAUCUCACCGCUGUCCACCGGCCACUGCCGCCCAGUCGCGUCAUAGAGGAGCUGCACAGGGCGCUGGCCACAAAGCACCGCCAGGACAGCUUUCAAGGGCGGGAAAGCAAAGGGUCCCCCAAGAAGCGGGCAGAUGUCCACCUCUCCAGAACGUCCAGCAUGGAGCGCGGCAAGGAGAGGGAGGAGGCGUGGAGCUUUGACGGGGCCUUGGAGAGCAAGCGGACUGCAGCUAAAGAGUCUGAGGAGAACAAAGAGAACUUGAUCUUGAAUUCCGAGCUCAAGGACGACUUGCUUUUGUAUCAGGACGAAGAGGCGCUGAAUGACUCCAUCAUUUCUGGAACACUACCGAGGAAAUGCAAGAAGGAGCUUCUGGCAGUGAAACUGAGGAACCGGCCAAGCAAGCAGGAGUUGGAAGACCGGAAUAUUUUCCCCAGGAGGACUGAUGAAGAAAGGCAGGAAAUUCGGCAGCAGAUUGAGCUGAAACUCUCCAAACGGCUGAGCCAACGACCUGCUGUGGAGGAGCUGGAGAGGAGAAACAUCCUGAAACAAAGGAAUGAUCAGACAGAACAGGAAGAAAGAAGAGAAAUCAAGCAAAGAUUAACAAGAAAGCUUAAUCAGAGACCCACAGUUGAUGAAUUAAGAGACAGAAAAAUUCUGAUACGUUUCAGUGAUUAUGUGGAAGUAGCAAAAGCGCAGGAUUACGACAGGAGAGCAGACAAACCGUGGACAAGACUGUCGGCAGCAGAUAAGGCAGCAAUUCGUAAAGAAUUAAAUGAAUAUAAAAGUAAUGAAAUGGAAGUACAUGCAUCCAGCAAGCACUUGACAAGAUUCCACAGGCCAUAGAGAUUUUCUUCUGAGAAGAAUCUGUGUUAAUUUUUGAUACCAACUCUGAACAUUCAUCAGGGAACUUUCCUGAAGUGCAGCUCAAGACCGCCUGCUGUGUGAGAAGAGCAGACUCACACACUCACCUACCGAGGAGUAACCAGAGGACACACUUCCUUCUUUGACGUCUGAGGAGUGUGAACUACUGGGGCUGGUAAGGCCCAAAGUAACUCUACCAGAAGAAAACUGCUGUUUGCCUUCCAACCUUGUUUUACAGUUCUGCAGUGUGAUGAGGAUGGGUGCAGUGCAUGUGCAGGCUCACCACUCCCAGGCCUCUGACAGGAGGGACAAGUGACCCAGUGUCAUUCGGUAUUUGUUGAAAAGACAUUUUUAUUCUGAUCAUGAUUAGUUUGAAAAUUCUUUAAGUUCAUGUUAUAUAAAAUGAUUUACUGUAUUAUACUUUUUGUUUUUUAUAUAAUGUCUAACAAAAAUACAGCUCAAACAUUUUGAUCCCUGUUAAUUUUGUUCUUUAAUUAAAUAACUACUUAUUGCAGGAAAUUAA